AUGCUCCACCAGAUCAUCGGUCAGGCUAAGAAGCAUCCAAGCUUGAUCCCCCUCUUAGUAUUUAUUGGAGCUGGAGGUACUGGAGCAGGACUGUAUCUCUUGUGUCUGGCAUUGUUCAAUCCAGAUGUUAGUUGGGACAGAAAGAAUCACCCAGAUCCCUGGAACAAACUGGGUCCCGAUGAUCAAUACAAGUUCUACUCAAUGAAUGUGGAUCACAGCAAACUGAAGAACGAAGGUCCAGAUUUCUAAAUGAAAUGUUUCACUACAAAGCUGCUUUAGACCGAAGGUCUUCCAGAAUUCAUCCGCACAAUUUUCCACUUCACUAGGAAAUAUUUCUCCUCUAAAUGAAUGAAAUCAUGUUGAUGUAACCUAUUGGAGAUUACACUGAUUAAUAAAUAACUGAAACUUGAAAAAA